AUGGCUUUCUUUUCCAACAGGACGUAUAUUGAGUUGAAUUCUGAGCUGAAGAUUGGGAUGACCACCUUGAACACUUUAGUGAUGGUCACAAUUAUCAUGCACACAGCAUUCUCUCUCACAGGAUGUCUGAGAUCCAAGGAUUUCCAGAGAUCUCACAUUAAGUUAGUCUUCAGUCUGUCCCUAGGCAGUUUUCUGAUGGGUCUGUUUUUAGCUUUAUUCAUCAUUUCUGGAAAUCUGCUGGUAAUCAUCACAAUUUCUAGGUCACGGUAUCUUUGGUCCUUUACAAGCAAGUUUGUGGUGAACUUGGCAAUAGCUGAUCUUGCACUUGGACUUUGCUUACCUUAUGAGGCUUUGGUCAUCCUUCUGCCUGGAUUACAGUUCAACAGAUUGGGCUGUCUCUACAGUUUCUGUGUGAUCAUCUUUUCCAGCACUGCCUCUCUGCUGUGUCUUGUCAUCACAGUGUUUGAUCGCUUCCUGUUUGUGUGUUACCCAUUCCAGUACAUCAUUGUAAUGUCGAAUAGGUUGAUCUACAGCCUCAUCGCUCUUAGCUGGGUCUAUGCUUUCGUCUUGUCUCAUCUCCCAAUUUUCGGCUGGAAUGCCUGGCAAGUGGGGACUCAAGUGUUGUGCUUCUAUCAACAAGCUAUGACCAAAACCUACAUUAUGAUUGUUGCACUCCACUUUGUGGUACUGUCGAUAGUCAUGUUUGUGCUGUAUGCUCUGAUCCUUCAAACAGCAAGAAAACAGAGACGAAGAAUUGCAGCAGAACAAGCACAAGGCAGAAUCCAGGAGCCUGCCACCAACUCAGAGUUCCUAAAGAAUGCUAACAGUGCCAAGUUGAUGGCAGUAGUAUUUUUAUGCUUCAGCAUUUGUUGGCUGCCCUUCUGCGCUAUUCAGCUCUGUUUGAUCGUCCAGUUGGAUUUUAAUGUGUCGAUUAUUGGUCAGUUCAGCGUGUUUCUGGGUAUUGCAAACUCUGCCAUGAAUCCACUGAUCUAUGCCUGGAAAAACCAAGCUUACCGUCAAGCUUUUUACCAUCAGAUAUGUCAUCGAGUUUCCAGAAGAACCUUUACCCCUGCUGUCCUACAGCUAACUCAUCAUCCUCAACCCUCCCCCAACAAAUGA